CGCGUCGCGGCGACAAUCGAGACUGUCGAGAGGUGCGUCCCGAGUCCCGAGAACUCCGAGUCUCUCGUGGCUUUCUCCAGGCCGCGAGAUCGGAUUGUUCGAGCCGCGAGAAGCCUGGCUUGCGGGUGCGACGCGAAUAGUUGGAACGUCAGACGUGAGGACACGCAAUCCUGCUCGAUUCGUCACGUUCUCGCGGCGUGCGUGGGUGGCGGACGAUGAGAAGACCGGAGUCGGCAGGUCGGAGGCCCUGAAGUACCAGCGUCGUCGUCGUCGUCCUCGUCGCCGAUCCCGCGGGCCCCGUCGACGGGAAUUGGGCGUGUGCGGUGUGUCUCGCAUACGAGGCGGACACGGCGGAUCUCGUCCGUCGGUGGGCAGUGCGUGUGUGCGCGCGCGCAUGCGAGAACGGACGGGCAUUAACGGUGGGCCUUUUUGACGGAUCUCCGUGACCGCUGCUUGCAAUGGCGACGGCGCCUGUCGACUCGCCUACUUUCUAAGCUCUAUCGAGGUGAGAGGCCGUUCGGGCGUGCGUGCGUGAUCGCGCGCGCGCGCGCGUGCGAGCGAACGCACGCGGGUGUUCUGUCGCCGCGUUCCUCCCCGUCGGGGUCGUUGAUAAAAAAAAACACGUUGCCAGAAAUAAAAAGGGUCCAACAACGUCCGGUGUGCCCUCCUCCUUCUCGAUAAUCCGGAGACGCGGGACAAGACGCGUCGUCGUCGUCGUUCGCCCGUGGCGAUGCGGCGGUCGGUCCGCUGGUGCAGUCGCGCGUCGUCGUCGUCGCAGGGGACAUCCGGGAUACCCGGAGAAUGCGCGGAAUCGUCACGCCGCCGCUCCACCGCGCGGAUGUGAUCCUUCCGGCACGGCACUUCGCUUCCUCCCGCGAUAUCCAGCCGACGACGGUCCCGCCCGUUCCGCGCUCCUUUGAUCCGCCGUCCUCCGGACGGCGACACAGCUGACGGAACCCGCGUUCGAUUCCGGAGUUCGAUCCUCGGGGGUGGUGCCGCGUGUGGACCCCUCCGCGUCCGCCCCCCCUUUUACCGAUCCAGGUAACGAACCGCGUGAACGAUUGAUCGGAAUUAACGCGUAUGACUCGUUCUUGAUCUUUCGACGCCCACGCAUCCGGCGCGGUCGCUACCGCUCAACAGUUGUGUGAGUUUAAAUGUACCCGGUGCCACUGUUGAUCCAGUGAACAGAGUGGUGCGUUAAAUGCGAGGUGGAGGCGCGACAACGCCAGCCAGCGUGGACAACGGCAGCGCGACGCCGACGCGACGUUUCGAGGACGUUUUGAGAGAAUCGUAGACGCGCGCGCGCCCGCACGGCCGAGACAUGGGGAACUGCUUCAGCAACCCGACGGACGUGGAGAAGGAGAAGCCGGACCGGAUCGGCAAUCCCAGCAUCGAGGCGGUCGCGUCGCAGGUCAGCCCGGUGCCGACGCCGCCGCCGGAUCCGAUCAGGCCGAUCCCGCAGAUCCCGGACAUGGACGUAGCGACGGCGAAGAUAUUCGUCGCCCUGUACGAUUACGACGCGCGCACGGACGAGGACUUGAGCUUCAAGAAGGGGGAACACCUGGAGAUAAUCAACGACACCCAGGGCGACUGGUGGCUGGCCAGGAGUAAAAGGACCAGGCAGGAGGGCUACAUCCCCAGCAAUUACGUCGCCAAGUUGAAGUCGAUCGAGGCGGAACCAUGGUAUUUCAGGAAGAUUAAGCGAAUCGAGGCUGAGAAAAAAUUGCUCCUGCCGGAAAACGAUCACGGCGCGUUUCUGAUAAGAGACUCCGAGAGCCGGCACAAUGACUACUCCCUUUCAGUGCGCGACGGCGAUACGGUGAAGCAUUAUCGUAUUCGUCAAUUGGACGAGGGUGGCUUUUUCAUCGCCAGGCGAACCACGUUCAGAAAUCUGCAGGAUCUUGUGGAGCACUACAGCAAAGACGCGGACGGCCUGUGCGUUAAUCUGUGCAAGCCUUGUGUACAGGUUGAGAAACCCGUAACGGAGGGCCUUAGUCACCGUACGCGGGACCAAUGGGAAAUCGAUCGUUCGUCACUGAAAUUCUUGAGGAAAUUGGGACAGGGUCAAUUCGGCGAGGUAUGGGAAGGCCUGUGGAACAACACUACGCCGGUGGCGAUUAAGACGCUCAAGCCGGGCACCAUGGACCCGAAGGACUUCCUCGCCGAGGCGCAAAUCAUGAAGAAACUCCGACACGCCAAGCUAAUUCAAUUGUACGCUGUGUGCACGAUGGAGGAACCGAUUUAUAUCAUCACAGAAUUGAUGAGGAACGGCAGUUUACUGGAAUAUUUACAAGGAAAAGGUAGAGGCCUAAAAUUGCAACAACUGAUCGACAUGGCCGCGCAAAUAGCCGCCGGUAUGGCGUACUUAGAAUCGCAGAAUUACAUUCAUCGAGACUUGGCCGCCCGUAACGUUCUCGUAGCAGACGGAAAUGUCGUUAAAAUCGCAGACUUCGGCUUGGCUAGGCUUAUCAAAGAGGACGAAUACGAGGCUAGAAUAGGGGCGCGUUUCCCUAUCAAGUGGACCGCCCCCGAAGCUGCCAACUACAGCAAAUUCAGUAUUAAAUCCGACGUAUGGUCGUUUGGCAUCCUUCUUACCGAAUUGGUCACGUACGGCAGAAUACCUUAUCCAGGUAUGACGAACGCCGAGGUUCUUCAUCAGGUGGAACAUGGCUAUAGAAUGCCGUGUCCACCCGGCUGUCCCGACACGCUUUAUAAUAUCAUGCUGGAAUGCUGGAACAAGGAUCCUAUGAAGAGACCAACUUUUGAGACACUUCAGUGGAAACUCGAGGACUUCUUUACUAUGGAAGGUUCCGAGUACAAGGAAGCGUCUGCGUAUUGAAAAUAGAAGGUUUUGAACUCUUCUUCCACAUUGCUCCAUUAAGAGGUACGAUUACCGUCAACGUCGAUCGUUACGGUCUUCUCCAUUGAUCUAUUUGUGACGCUAGUUUUCGCGGUACUUCUAAAAGAGUGCCGUAAUUUUUAUACUCGAACGACCAUGAUCACUUUGCAAACGAUCAGUAGAUAAUAGCAUAGUUUUAAUAAACGAUCAAGUUUUCUUGUUUUCUCUUUCUCUCUAUUUUUCUUUUCUUUUUUUUUACGUUCUCGUCAUCGCACAUUCUGUCUGCCAUAAAUCUCAAAGAAUGAUAUUUGUACAUUUUUAUCUAUAUGACUUGACAAACGUACAUUGGCAUUUUGAUAGCUUUACCAGAAGCGGCGAGGUUUUAGAUAUCGUUUUAGACCGCAGUAAGGAUGUUGUACACGUAGACGUUAAAUGGCCUUUGUAAAAUCUAUAAGUGUCAGUUAGUGUGAGGUAGACCUCGAUCAUCAGGGUGAUAAUUCCGGGUGAUGAUGAUGGUAGUAGUAGCGAUGUAAUAUAUUCGUGUACAAUAUAUAAGUUGUACUUCCUGUAUUACAAUUCCCGUAUACAUUAUAUGGUGCGAUAAAGAGUCGAUUACUUGAUAAAACCGAAACCCGACAACGUUAGAGACGAAACGACGGACCAUAGAUGCACAACUUUAUCAUUCCUUCGUUCUUCUCGCUCGAGCGUGACACGAAUUAAUUACGACGUACUCCCGCGAGGCGGAUACACGAAAGUCGUCGACGAAACGAUUUCGUGCGGGCGCGCGCGCCGUAUGCAUGCAUGUACGAAGAUCGGGGGAUAUAUAACCGGUCCGUCCAAGACAACGCGGAAGACUGUGUCCUGUGACGACUGCGUCGAGCGACGUUAUAUCCUAUUCGUCUAUUUGUCAAGAAGCGCGGUAAAUACUGACACAAACUGCCAGCUAACGUUUUCUAAGGUACACUUGUUACUUAUAACGUGUAAGAUUACUAUUUGGAAGUAUACGCGUGAGAGUAUGCGUCUGUCGAAUAUCUAUGCAUGAGAAAUGUACGAAUUUGCUUUGGAGGCGAGAAAUCAGUUUACUGUCGUAUCUUUAAGUGCUCUGACAAGAGAAGACUCCCAAGUGUAAAUCACAUAAAAAUGCCGAAAAUUUUAAAUCUCUUUCUGCAAAUUGUUAUAUACUUUAAUAUCUUUAUCAUGUUGAAUUUAGCCGUUAUCCAUCCUGCGCCACGUGUAGGCAUCACAAUUGUGCAUUGCUAUGUUACAUUAGAUUUGAUUAAAUUCUCGAACUUUAAUUGUGUGUGUGUUUGUGUCUCAAAUUCAAUGUAUUAGAUCAGAUGCGAUCUAUGUAUAGGAAUUUAUUUAUUAUUUUAUUAUUAUUUGUAAAUUUUUAUUACGGAUUUUUCUUCUAUAUUUUGAUAUACACUGUCAGUACAGAAAAUCUGUAUGACAAGAACCAUACAUUUUCAGUGCAUUUCGGAAGGUAGACUUUAAAUUCAUGUCCGUCAUAUCGGUUCCACUCUUUUUAACGAUAUAAUUCACAAAUUUCGAAUUUACUCAAAAUGUUAAUACAAACAGAAAAACUAAACAACAUUUUGUUAGAAAAGCAAGACAUUGACAAAAUAAUACACGGCCAAUGAUCUGUAAAAUUUGGCUAUAUUUGAUAUUUAUGUUUAUAUUGAGCUUGAAAAUGGUAAAUUUCACUUUUUGGUUAUCCAAAUAAUAGGGCAGCAAUCACGUAACUUUUUCCCUAGGUUGGAAACAUAAAAAGUGAAAAUUUUCACCUGAACUCGUGAUCAUGUAACUUGAUGAAACGUGGAAACGUGAUCUCGUGAAUAAUAAAAAAGUUCAUGCAGAAUAGAUACAGCGAAAAGUGAAAAAUGAAAAGUUUUACGUGAAAUUAUGUGAUCGAUCCCUUAAUCUGUAUAGGUUUGGCAUUAUUAUUCGAUUUACGCACUUGGCAGCCUUCCCUUGUGAGAGGAGAAUGUAUACAUCACGAAUUACGUCAUCUUCGUUAAUCAUCAUUCGGACAUGUUCAUGUUAUCGAAUUCAUCAUUUUUAUAUAUUUUUAUAUAUCGUGUCUAAUGUUUUAUUAUACUCAUUUAUCGCGACUUUUCACGUUUGUGAAUGACUCAAACAUGAGAAUAAUUAUUACUACGCGUAAAAAAUAAAAUAAGUCGAUAAUAUUAGACAUACUUUAUAAAUGUAUGACUCCAUAACGGUAAAUGAUGUAAAAUUAUAUAGAUAUUUUAGCAAUAUUUUGAACUUGUUUAAUACAUAUGCGCAAAUAUGUACGGAAUGUGCCAAAACCAUCGCCAUUCCUUUUGUCUACUGAUUCUCCUAUGAAUUUAGAAUCGAUUUUUCCACGAUCGAAAUAACACUGAAGGCUAUCUUCCAAACAAUUUGAGCAAUCUUUUUAGAUUUAAGUGUUUUAAUGCUAAAACGACUCGGAAUAAUUUCAUUAUUUUAAUGUUGAAAGACUUCUUUGGAAAGAUCGACUCUAAUUUCGUCAGAAAAUAAGCCCCGGGGAUUUGAUGCAAAUCGUACAAAACAUCUCGAUAUACAUACAUACGGGUGUAUAUAUAUGCGUAUGUAUGUACACACAAUAUGAACUCUAGCAUCCAUCUUCUGUUCUGAAAUCAGAGCUGUGUUAAUAGUACCAAAUUAAUCACAAAUUUCAAAGAAAUGCGUGCUUACGGACAGUAUCAUCGUCGGAUAAAUCUGCACGGUAAAUCUUUGUAAUACCGUUAUUCCUUAGAUUAACGACACAUCGACCAACUUCCCGUAAGAAGUACUAUUUCUUUCAUUUAAGUCUUAUAGGUUUUCCUGAAAAAUUUUAAUUUAGUAAACGAAAAACGUUAUUUAUAAAAGAAACUGUUAAAAUGAGUAAUUUCAUAUUUUAAAGCGGAGAAAUUUAUUAAAUUGUAUGCAUGAAAUCUGUUGAAGAUUAUAAGUUUUGACAACAUUGCACUAAGAAAUAUAUAAGAUAAAAAUAUUAUCAACUAUAUAUAAUAAUAAUAAUGAAAUGUAAUGCAACGAUUACAAGCACAAAAAGGAUGAAAGUUUACUGGAACUACUGUUAAUUUUUAUCCAGACAAACUCUUUUUCUGUAAUUAGAGUGGAAAAUGAUUUCUUUAUCGAAUAAUUAUAUAAUAGGAAUCUAUGGCGAGUGAAAAUAAAAAUACUUUAGAUGUAUAAGAAAUAAUUGAUAAAAUAAACGCAACAGUUUUGUUUAUGAAAA